GGAGACACCGCCCUCAUCGCCUUUCCUAUAAUGGCUGCUUCCCAAAAGGCCGUGUCACGUGUAACUUCUUAGCCACAGCGUCCGGAGAUCCAAAAGGAGAAUUUCAAGUCAGAUAGAAUUUUACAUACAUUAUUUCUUUGGAACCUUCAGUCUUCUGCAUCCCAACAUCAUGACCUCAGUUUCAACACAGUUGUUCUUGGUGGUCAUUUCACUACUUCUGAUUCUGCCUGUUGUUGAAGCAGGAGAAGCUGGAGAUGCAAUCGCUCUCUUGUUAGGUGUGGCUCUCAGCAUUACCGGCAUUUGUGCUUGCUUAGGGGUGUAUGCACGAAAGAGAAAUGGACAAAUGUGACUUUUAAGGGCCUGCUGAGUCAAAUUUCACCCUGAAAACCUUCCUACUCC